AGAAUAUGGACUUGAAGAAGUGAACUGCUUUAAUAUUAUUUGAGGAAUCCCGGAAGAAGAUCUGGAGUGUGUGGAUCAAGAGCUUGAAGAAUGCAGACUGUGCCUGGUUUUAGGUGCAGAGAGCAGGGCGAAGACUCUUUACAGCAACUCAUGCCAAGAAUGGUACGGGUAACAGGAGCAGGAGGACCGACCUCCAAUGCUGUGGGUCUCCAUGGACAUCUCAGAUCUACGAAACCCCCUCGUGAGCUUAGUGCGGAGGAGCAACAGGAGCUGCGGAGAAAGAUCAACAGCCGUGAGAGGAAGAGAAUGCAGGACCUCAACGUGGCCAUGGAUGCUUUAAGGGAAGUAAUGGUGCCUUACUCUUCUUCUCCCACUGGUGUAGGGGGAGCACUGCAGCACCCUUACCUCCCGACUGGAGCCCCUCCGACUGGAAGGCGCCUGUCCAAAAUCUCCACGCUGGUGCUGGCCCGUAACUACAUCCUACUCCUAGGCUCUUCCUUGCAGGAGAUGAGGCGUCUGCUGGGCGAGGUCAGCAUUGGCAUGGGCGUCAGUGGAACUGUACCACGUCUACUGCUGACAGGAGGGUGGCCAUUUCUCACCGGGCCGGGACAGCUUCUGCUUUCCUCCUCUGAGCAGCAACUGGCUGUGGCAAAGUGCCCUCUCCUGCCUCAGGGUGCCCAGGAGGAGCCCUUGGCUUGGGGGUCAAGCAGCAUGACGGAGAGCCUGGUGUGCCAGUGUGGGGUGUGCCGGACCCCACGGGUGGUGCAUGUUAAUCCCGCCACACGUUUCCCAAAGUGAUUCCAACAUGCCUUGGAGAAAGACUAAAAAAGAACAAUACAACAACAUGCAGUUUUUUAAUGUCUGAGGAGGGUGAGGUGUCUGGUUAUUAAAUUUUUUUGUAACACUAUACAAUAAGGUCCAAUUUGUUAACCUUGGGGAUAGU